AUGUUGCAGGAUGCUUUUGGUGUUCAUGGGUUUGAUGGCCUAGAGUCUCACCAAGAACCUACCCAUGAUGCUAAAAACUUCUAUCGUUUGGUUGAAGAGGGUGAAAUUGAAUUAUACCCUGGUUGUGCCAAUAGUAAACUAUCAUUCUUGUGUGAGUGGCUGGUCAGAUACCUUUAUGUCAACCCUUUUGGCAUAUCUAAAGAAGUUUUUGCCCAAGGGUCAGACUUUGCCUUCUUCAUUUUUUAA